CGAGAUAUAACUGAUUUGUCAUUUUCAUUUGCUGAAUAUAACUGAGAGAAAUAAAAUUGAUCCAGUUUCGAAACUAUGAACAACCGGUUCGCCCAUUUGAAUCUGGAGGCGCUCUAUGGAAUCCCGCUGUUGUGUCCAGUGACCAAGUGCCAGUCGCAGAUGUCGCCACUCGAGAUGCUGGCCCAUUUGCUGAUGCGGCACAGUCCGCAGGAAUCGAUGAUCGAGAUCGGCGAAGACGUGCCGAAGCAGUACGAAGUGGAGGUGGAUAAAUUGACACCAGGUCGGAAUCAUUCGAUGGGAGUCAUAGCCUAUGGAGGAUCCCCGAAGACGGGUCUCAGCUUUGCGGUUACUCCGGAUCUGCAGGUCGUCCACCAUUUGCCCAUUAUACUGAUGCUUUAUGUUAGUCCUCCUGUCCUGAACACGGAACAGACCUACAUAUUCUACCUGGUGAGUCCUGUGGCCUCCAGGCUAGUGAGUGCCCAUGUAACACUCCUCGACGGGGCCCAUGCCCACGAGAAGCACGGAUUGCGUUGCCUCCGCAAUUCCCUGGACAGUCCAUUGACAGAUAGCGAGGGUCGGCUGUAUUGCAACACGGACUACCUCCUCUACACGGCCAACGACAUCCGGGAGCUGUGCCUCUCCGGAAAGCAGCGCAGGAUCUUCGUCAAGAUUGUGCUGCACGGUGAACCCGAUCCCCUCGAGGUGGACGCCUAGCAAAAGGUGUCCGAUUGAGUGACUCAUUUGGUUCAAUAAACACUUAAGUGCUGCGCCGCCAAUUGACGCACACUUGAAACUCGAGUGGCUGUCAAUAAUAUUCUUUCCUCAAAGAACUGUCAGUAAAAUUGGUUUCCCUAUUCAUUCAA